AUGUUUGGUGGUGUAAGAUUAAAAGUUUCUUUUACUCAUGAAAGAUCUUGUUUUGCGUACAUAAAUCCAAAGUAUAGUUCCAAGAAUGAACAGUCUCUGUGUGUACAAGUCCUGUCUAAGGAAAAACAGAUAUUACUUUGGGUGGUUUUCAACAAUAGUGUUCAAGAAGGCCAUUUAGCAUGCAAUCCUAUUUAUAGCAAAUUAUUAGGCUUUGAAGAGGGUUUAGAGGUAUUUGUGGUACCUUAUGGAGAUGUUAAGAUAUUAGAUGAGUUGUAUGUUGACACUGAUAGUCCAGAUGACCAAGAGAUUUUGGAACAUAAUGCUGAAAUUUUACAACUUAGAAUAUUAGAUCAACUUAGACUUGUGGUCGCUAAUCAAAAAGCUGUUGUUUGGAUAUCAACAUCCUUACCUAUAGUUUUCAUACCAAAACAAACUGGUCUAUUAGUCAAUCACAGUAGAAUUAUAGUUAAAGUUGAUGCUUUCAAUAGCUAUAAAGGAGGCCUUAGUAAUUCUUAUGUACAAGUACCUAAAGAAACAGAUAAUAAAUUUAAUAAUAUUGGUACUAUAAAUAGUGGUAUGCUUCAGCCUUAUUUAAAUACACCACAGAGGUUAGUAUUAAGAGCUCUUCCAAUUGAUAGUGAUGGUAAAAAGAACUUAAUACAUCCAUACACAGUGUUCAUUCAUGAAGAUUUAUUGGAUACCAAACUAAAAGAUAUUAUGGUCAUUCUGGCUACUAUGAGUAAUAUACCUACAAUUAUAACAGAAAAUAUAGAAGAAAAUGUUGAAAAUAAAAAUCAAAUUGAUGGUUUGUGUGUUGAAAUAGUGCCCAUUGACAAUGUGGUUUAUAGAAGUCUUUGUAGAGAAGUAUACAAUAGGAAUAUACCAACAGUACUUAUACCUAAAUCGUUAAAUCUGAUAAUAAAUAUUGAGAAUGGAAUGAAAAUAAUUUUUAAUAUAAUUGGAGAUAAAGUGGAACAUCCAGAUCAUAUUGAUGUUAUUACAUAUACAGAAAAAAUUCAAACAGAAAUAGAUGUAAUAGACAAGUUCAAGAAGUGUGUGGUAGAAAAUACUCACUCGGGUAAACAGUUUUUGAUUAACGAUGGAAUGGUGAAACAAAAUGUACAUAUAAGCAAUGGAUUUUUGAAAUUCAAAUUGAAGCCUGAAAAGUUAAAAUAUACGAUGUUGAAUUCUGAAUCAUUUAGAAAUUGUACUGUCGCAGCAAAAUGCUUUUCUGAUACAGAUCUGGAAAUGCCCAAAGUGGUGGCUUCAAAGCUAGAAUAUGAUUAUAAAAACUAUUGUAGAACAAUAAGAUCUGUUCAAAAUUUGGUGGAAAAAGUGAUAUCUCAUGUUAACUUUGAAGUACAAAGAGAGGCCAGUUUUAAGGGUAUGUCGGAAAUAAAAAGCAAUGUGUUGAUUACUGGUCAAAGUGGAUCUGGAAAAUCGUCAAUCUGUCACAUAGUACAAAAAGAACUGACUUUAUGGUCUCAUAUACUUCACUGCCGAUCCCUCAAAGGACGCAAAGAUGUAACUGAAGUGAUAGGAAAAGCAAUAUUAAUGUGUCAAGAACAUAGUCCAUCAGUACUGAUAUGUGACGAUGUGGAUGCACUGGUUCCGCCAAACACAGAGGGAGCAUCGCCACAAGAUAUUGCAUAUUAUCAAAGAUUGGCAGUUAUAAUCAAACAUAUGCUGCAGACUUGUGCGGGUGUGUGUGUUUUGAUGAUGUCACUAAGUAUGAAGAGUCUGCAUCCAACGUUACGGCAGUUCAAUGGAAAACCAAUGUUUACAGCGCACUUUGAUAUACCAGAACUGAAACAAGAAGAUAGAGUGGAACUGUUCAAACAUUUGAUAAAUGACAAGAUCCGGGAGUCGUUUCUGGUGGAAGACGAUGACGUCACGCGCCUGGCGAUGGAUACGUCAGGAUGCAAUGUCAGAGAACUUGUCGAUUAUUUGAAUAAGAAGAUAUUUAAAGGUGUUAAAAAGAAAAAAGUAAUCGGAACAGACAAACCACGUCUCAUAGAAGAAACGGCAAAGGAUGAAGAGAAAACCCGGGCGUUCGACAUCUGGGGCGAGCUGGGCGGCAUGCAUGAUGUCAAGCAAAAAAUUACCGAGAGUAUAUUUUGGCCACUUAUGUAUCCAGGCCUGUUCCCAUCCCAGUCCGCGGGUAUCCUGCUGUACGGGCCGCCGGGCACGGGCAAGUCGCACGUGGGCUCGUGCCUGGCGCGCCUCGCCGGCGUGCGCCUCGUCGCGGUCAAGGGGCCCGAGCUGCUCUCCAAGUACAUUGGGCAGAGUGAGAAGGCCGUGAGGGAUGUGUUUGAUAAAGCCGAUAUGCAACGUCCGUGCAUUCUAUUCUUCGACGAAUUCGACAGUCUCGCGCCCAAACGCGGCCACGACUCCACGGGCGUGACGGACCGCGUGGUGAACCAGCUGCUGGCGCGGCUGGACGGCGCGGAGGGCGGCGCGGCGGGCGCCGUGCUGGCCGCCACCUCGCGCCCCGACCUCGUGGACCCCGCGCUGCUGCGGCCGGGCCGGCUGCAGCUGCACGUCUACUGUGCCCUGCCUGAUCUGACCGGUCGCUACGAAGUGCUGAAGACCCUCACGCAAAGCGUAUCGAUAUCUGAGGAGGUGGACCUCCAGGAGUUGGCGGAGAAGACCGACGGCUUCUCGCCCGCUGAUCUCAAAUCAUUGCUCGUCACCGCCCAGUUGGGGAGAUUGGAACGACUUUUGGUUAGCAAUGGCGACAAGAACUUGGAGUCAGUUGUGGUUUACAAGGAAGAUAUACUGAGCGCGUUGGAAGAGACCAAGCCUUCGUUGUCAAAGGAACAAAGAUUGUUUUAUGAUAUGAUAUAUAAAAGGUUUAGAGGCGAGACACUGUCGCCAGAAGAGAAGCUGAUAUCACAACUAAUGCAAAAGCAAAGAGUGACUUUAGCU